AUGGCUGGUAAACACUGCCCUCACCGCCUGGAAGAACGCCGGCCCGAGGCAGAGUUUCAAACAACUCGCGAGACGGUGGCGACUGCAUUCGAACAGGAGUUCGAUAUCAACGUCCGUGGCCUUGUACGCGAAAAGGGCAACUGCGUGUGGAGACAGAAGCGGAGUACGAGAAACGAACGAAAGGGCGACACAAGUAUCCGUAAAUGGAUAGAGAACAAUAAGCCGUGGUUCGACAAGCACAAGUCGGGCCCUCUCGACCUACUCCCAGUCCACUUCCCGAAGAAACGGAGCCCGAGGAAACCCGCGACCGCGCGAAGAAACGGGGAGCUCGUCACCGCACUCGACGAUUCAUCCUGCAAACCCGAGGUCGCGUGUGAAGCCGGCGACCCCAGGUCCUCCACAAGUCUUGCCGCGCCUCCAGAUGCCACAGACCUCGCGGCCAACGAGCGUUCGGACGCACCGACGGAGACUGCCGAGGCCGCGCAAGGAUCUCCUCAAACGGAUGGAGAAGGGUGCCCGACCUUUGGGAACGGGAGAAGCUGA